CUUUCUUUUUUUUUUUAAACUCUUCUUCCAGGGAGAGGAUAGUGGUUAAAGCUCGAGCUGGAUGGAUGGGUAUGGGGAGAGGGGCAGGAUCCACAGCCCUGGGACUUUUCCAAAUCCUCCCUGUCUUUCUCUGCAUCUCCCCUUCAGUGACGUCUCCAUGCAACAUCCUCAAGUGCAACUCUGAAUACCUGGCGGCCACCUCUGGCUCUCACCACCCGGGCACGGAGGAGGUGCCCGAGUUCUGCACGGCGCUGCGCGCCUACGCGCACUGCACCCGCAGCACGGCCCGCACGUGCAGGGGCGACCUGGCCUACCACUCCGCCGUUCAUGGCAUAGACGAUCUCAUGGUGCAGCACAACUGCUCGAAGGAUGGCCCCACUUCCCAGCCCCGGCUCCGGACGUUACCCCCUGGGGAUAGCCAGGAGCGCUCCGACAGCCCCGAAAUCUGCCACUACGAGAAGAGCUUUCACAAGCACUCGGCCACCCCGAACUAUACUCACUGUGGGCUCUUUGGGGACCCCCACCUCAGGACUUUCACAGACAGCUUCCAGACCUGCAAGGUGCAAGGGGCUUGGCCGCUCAUAGACAAUAACUACCUGAAUGUCCAAGUCACCAACACGCCGGUGCUGCCUGGCUCCACAGCCACCGCGACGAGCAAGCUCACCAUCAUUUUCAAGAGCUUCCAGGAGUGCGUGGACCAGAAAGUGUACCAGGCAGAGAUGGACGAGCUGCCCGCUGCCUUUGCUGACGGCUCCAAGAAUGGCGGAGACAAACAUGGAGCCAACAGCCUGAAGAUCACUGAGAAGGUCUCGGGCCAGCACAUUGAGAUCCAAGCAAAGUACAUUGGCACCACCAUCGUGGUGAGGCAGGUGGGCCGGUACCUCACCUUUGCUGUGCGCAUGCCAGAGGAGGUGGUGAACGCCGUGGAGGAUAGGGACAACCAGGGCCUCUACCUGUGUCUCCGCGGCUGCCCUCUCAACCAACAGAUCGAUGUCCAGACCUUCCGUUCCCCUCAGGCCACGGAGAGCCGCACCCGUAGGAAGGGGCCCAUCCUCCCCGCUGCCCCCGAGGCCUUCACGUACGAAACAGCCACAGCCAAGUGCAGGGAAAAGCUGCCCGUAGAGGACCUCUACUUCCAGUCCUGCGUCUUCGACCUCCUCACCACGGGGGACGUCAACUUCAUGCUGGCUGCUUAUUACGCCUUUGAGGACGUGAAGAUGCUUCACUCCAACAAGGACAAACUGCACCUCUAUGAAAGGACACGGGACCUGGCCCCUGGCAACGCGGCUCCCUCGCGGAGUCCUCAAGCCCUCCUUGCCCUCUGGGCAGCACUGCUGUGUCUGAGUCGGUGGUGGUCAGUGUUGUUGUAGAUGUUUACUCCCACGUGCCCUGUAGAGUGGGGAAAGGGGAGCAGGAAGGGAUGACAUGAUGGCAGUGCUGGACAGUGAGAGGUUGGAUAAUGGAUCCAGCUGGGAGCUAAAGGAUUAUGCUCAAAUUUCAGCACCUCUCUUCAGUGCUAGCCCUUCCCCUUCCCAGUUCUUGCCUGGGAGGAACAUGCUGUCCCUGGGACCGGCUAGGAGUUUUUGCUGGACCAUACCUCACACGGCGCUUCCCCACCUCCCCCUCUCCUCCUCCUCCUCCCAGUAGUCUGGAUGUCAGGGAGUCCCAGCCUCCCCUUAGUGCUCCCUCGUGGUACUGAAAAUGCUCGUGGUGACUGUGACGUUGGCGUUUGUGACCGUGGCUUUGUGUUAGGGGCGCUGUGCCCACGAGGAGACAGGAUGGGC